AUGCCUAAAGACGGCAGACUCGAUCUCACCCUCUUCGGCGCCACCGGUUUCACCGGUUGGAUCGCAGCUCAGUAUAUCUGCAAACACGCACCCCCCGACCUCCAAUGGGCCAUUGCCGGCCGUUCGCAGGACAAAUUGACUGCGAAGUUGCGGGAUAUCCGUAGAGACUAUCCGGACAGAGCUUUACCUGAAACCAUUGUGGCGAGUUUGGACGAAGUCUCCGCUAUAAAGCUUGCUAGCUCUAGUAAAGUCGUUGUUACCACAGUUGGACCGUUCUGCAGAUACGGUUCGAAAUUAGUCAAGGCGUGUGCCGAAGCAGGAACUCAUUAUGUUGAUUGCACCGGAGAGUACCCAUGGGUUCUGGAGAUGAUAGAGAAACACCACGAGACGGCGAAACAGACUGGUGCAUUCAUUAUCCCACAAUGCGCCUUUGAUUCUGCACCUGCAGAUAUAGUCUCAUAUAAAGUCGCAAAUUUUAUUCGCGAAAAUUAUAAAGCUAGUACCAAAGAUCUCACCUUCUCGCUCCACAACCUCAAUGGCGGAGCCUCCGGUGGCACCAUGGAAUCAUUCUUCAGCACAAUUGAAGUGUACGGUCUAUCCGGACUUGCACACGCCACAAAACCAUUAGCUCUCUCCCCCAUUAAACGCCCAUACUCCGCACCCUCCCACUUGCCCGUCUUUACCCAUCCGACCCUCGGCAAGCUCACGCCAUGGAUUCAAGCUAGUCCAGACCGCGCGACUGUAAUGCGUUCAUGGGGUCUCACGCAACAACACAUACCAGAAAAAUCCUGGGGAAACAAUUUCUCGUUCACAGAGUAUAAACGUGUAAAAUCUUCUUUCGAAGGGCUGGCGACUUGGAUUACUAUCGGUCUCCUUUCUGUCGGUGUACUUAUCAAACCCUUCAGAUGGAUUGCACGAAAAGUCAUUACCCAACCCGGGUUCGGACCGGACCAAAACUUUGAUAUCAAUAGAAAGGGGAAUUUGGAUUGGAAGGCUGUGGGGGUUGUUGAUGAUGAUGGUGGAGAGAAUAAGGGUAAGAAGGUGCUUGGGACUUUUACCUACGACGGGGGAGAUGCUUAUGCGUUGACGGGAUUGUUCAUUGUGGAGGCUGCACUCCAUCUAUUGGAUAUGGAGAAGGGGAGGUCGAAGAAAGAGGGUCUCGGACAAACUAUUGGAGGUGGUUUGCUCACGCCUAUUUGUCUUGGAGAAGGUUUCCUCAAGAGAUUGGAUGGUGCCGGUAUCAAAAUCGAUGCUCGGGAGCUUUGA